CUCUUCUCCGUUCUGCUUUCAGAUCACAUGGAUUCAAUCUGUAAAAACCACUUUUUACAACAGCUGUAUAGGAAAAUAGAUGGUGCUACCCUCUCCUCCAAGAACGAGAGAAACCUAAACUGUGUUAUCACAUUUCAAACACAUUCGAUACUGCAGAGAUUUAUGUUACGUUUCGAUAUGCUACAACUAGACUGUAAUGAUCAUCUGUUUGUGUACGACGGGGCCCAUGCCGUCGGUUCGCACAAGGCGGAUUUAACCUGUAAGGACACAAAACAAUCAGUGGCGGCAUUGUUCACCAAGACGAACUUUCUCACAUUCAAGUACGUGACCGACAACUGGGGCACGGAAACGAACGGUUUCAAAAUGGUCAUCACCUCCGUCAAGGACUCGAAGAUCAACUGCGCCGACUUCCGGUGUAACCAGCCGGAGUUUUGCAUCCACACGGAUCUCCUCUGUGACGGGGUGAACCACUGCGCGGACGGGUCGGACGAGGCCGUCGGUUCGCUGUGUCCGGCGCCGAACGAGUACAUCAAGACCAUCUUCGGCAUCGACCUGACGUGGGUCAUCCUGAGCGGCGUGGUCAGUCUGAUCGCGUGCGUCUGCAUCGUCGGCGUGACCAUCUGCGUCUAUCUGCGGAAUUCGCGCCCCGGUGGGCCAGGUGGCAUCGGCGGCGGCGGCGGCGGGCCCAACUCGUCGAUACAAUUGAAUCAGAUGAUAGAAUCGAACGGUUCAUCGAAGCAUCUGCAUGCAACACUGCCGCGGGAAACAACAACGCUACCUGCUUCGGGAAACUUGCAUCACCCUGCGGGACCAUUAGGGUACCUCCGCAUUCCACACAAAUUGAUGGCCAAAGUCCGUCCCAUUUGGUGCCUGGCAAAUUAAGACAAUUAGGUCCGGAUUUAUCGCAGCAAACCUCACAGAAAGACGAGUGGUUUGUCUAGAGCUAGACAGGAAACACAUAGAGCAACAGAAAUGAGAAUCACCAAAAAUUAAAAACAACAAAAAAGGAACAAAAUCUUGCAGAAAAAAAGAACAACAACAUCUUAACAAAGACCAACGAAGAGUGAAGACACAAUGCUAGCAGCUAAGCAACAACAACAGCAACCACAGCAGAAAAGAUGAACAACAAGAUCAUGCGGCGGAAACAACAUCUAAAGGAAAAAAAAAACUAGCACGGCUGAACAUCAAAAACCAACUGAAAAAAAAUGGCAGAAAGAACAACAAAAAAGCACAGCAAAUCGAAAAAUCACGACCAUCACGCGAAAUGCUUGUGAAAUUAAUCUUCUUUAACAGCAAAAGAGCAACAACAACACGCAAAACACCACCGCGAAAACAAUGCAACCUUUCUUUUUCACGGAAAUUCAAAACGCAAUCGACGAAAAGAAGGAAAAAAACCAAGGCGAAAUUAGCGAGUGAACAAGCCGCCGGAAGGAACGUGAAACGGGGGGGAAGGCAUUGACAUUGGCGCAAAAGAAGAAUUAAGUUGAAGAAGAUGCAGAAAAAAACAGCUACGAAAGAUGAAAGGAGGCAAGAAGGAUCAGCAAAAUUUUACCAGCAAACAAAACAAAAUCUAACGAGGAAAUCAAAGCAAAAUCAUCCAUUCCGAACGAACAUGAAAAUCACAACAAUUGGAGAACUAUUUUUGGCACUAUAUGAAGACUGUCUGGUUGGUCAUCAAAAACCGCGCAGGGUGUAUAUUCAAAAGGGAGUUAAACAGUGUACCCAACAUCUAGCAAUUAUACUUGUACAUAGUGGACAUAGCAAAGGGAGAAGAAGUAAACUAUAACAAAAAAAAACUAGUUGAGAUAGAUUGUUUGAGUUUCGAGUUGUUUGAUCGGGGAAUGGGUUUAUGAUUGGAGGAGCGUACGAGACGAGGAGUGGUUUGCGAAGACAGUGGGCUUUUAUUUAAGUAGCUAUUUAUUGGUAAGCAUACACAAACACAACAAAUGUUAAGUGAAUUGUGACGGGAAAAUGCAGAAAAAAAAACCUAAAAAACUAAACAAUUUUAAAAAUGCUAAUCUAACGUAGCGAAUGAAGGUGUGCACGAGAGCGAUCGAAAGUUUGAGGAGUUUAUAAUGUGUACAGAGGCCGAUCCGGAGCGAACGAGUAGAACGAGUUUAACAAUUUCCUUGGAACAAAAAAAGCAUCAGUUUUUCUUAAACAAUCGGACAUUGGCGCAGUUUUAUCGAUGUUUUGUUAGAUAACGGUUGGAAAAUUAUGCAGCUGGCACAUGGUUUAUUUUUGGAACUGUCCACAAAUGGAGGUGCUGCCACAAUAGAGAGAAUGGAUAUGAAAAUUAGGUCAAGUUAAAGAGAGAGCGGACGAAACAUAAAUCCGUAAUGAAGUGUAGCAGAAAUUUCCACGAAUGGAAAGCUACUAACAGAGUCUUUUCGAUUUUCCUAACGAGUGCAGCGCAUUGAUUUACAUGAGAAUGAAGCUCGGUAAUCUUAUUGAGAGAAGCACAAUUUUUCCUUUUCACAUUUGGCUCUUUGAAUUGAUGCUGGAAAUGAGAUCUCGUUACAUGUAAGGUACCGAUUUUGCAUCUAUCUACUAAAUUUGUCUUUAGAUUCUGGACUGGACCUCAGGGUUCUACAGUUGGCACUUUUAAUUAAAUUUACAGUCUAGAGCAACCGCAAAUAAGUACAGAAAGGAACUUGUUGAAUAUGGUCAGUGGUGACCAUCUAAAGUUGGUUUCAUGACAACUUGUUCAGCAGUGUUGCCAACCUUGAAAAAAAUCGAAAAUUCAUGGAAAAGUUAUCGUUUUUGUAUUUGAAUAACACAAACAAACUUUUCAAAUCAAAUUCUUCAUCAAAACACUUUGAACAGAAAAGCCAUCAGUGUUGCCAGUUUCACCAAAAAUAAAUGGCGACAAAAAUAAAUAUUAUUCUCAUCAGCCGUUGAGCAACUUAUGAGAUUUCCGGCGUCACAAUUGAUCUGAUUGAGUUGUACAGUGGCAUUAAAAAGUUUAUCCGCCCAAAAUUUAUGCCACUCUCAAAGGGGUUUAAGCAUGAAGAGAGGUUGCAAAAGUCACUCUGAUUACACCUCAGCACAUUUCCCACAUGAUUUGAUGGAAAAACUGCACCAGCAAAAGCAAACUGGAAACGAUAAUGAUGGAAGAGCUGUAAGUUUUUCCCGAGAAAGGGAUAAAUGCGGAAAUUUUAAGCUGAAAACUUUAACAAUAUUGUGAAAUGAAAUUAUCUCCCCUGUCGGCGCCCCGACGGGCUUGGCACAGUUAUUAUUGUGGUUAUCACGGGUGCAGAUCACGAGAUGAGAUGCGGGCCUGGGAAAUAGUUGGUUGAUGGAUGCUACUCUGUGGUAGACCAAGUUUCGUAUCAAUUUUCCCCUCCCCCCAGUGAGAUAUCGCAUUUAUUCGAGGAAAUGUUUCGCAAAAGUUUUUUUCCCUCCGUGCAAACAUGUAAACAGAGAGAGAGGCAAGUGUAUUUUCCUCCUGGGAAGGUACCUCGGAGCAGCUAAACAGCAAACUUUGAAAUACUUUUCAUCUCGCAAAUUUACUCAUGCGAGCAAAAUCAAUCAAAUUAAGUUGGCUUCUGAGUACUUGUUUCUCGGCGUAAAUAGAAAACUUUCCGGCGAAUUUUGCCCAGACUGCCACCUGGUGGCUUUAAUGAAAAGUUGUAGUUUGUUGCUGUGUCUUUAUGAGGGAAAUGCCUUAAAAUAACUCUGGAAAUGCUUGUUUAAAAAAAUAAUAUCAAUAAGCUCUCCAAAUUAUUAUAUUAAAAUUCUGCCAACACUUCAAAACAAGAAAAUUGAAAAACUACAAUAUUUUAAAUUUCAAUCAAAAUAACCUACUGAACCACAGGUUGUAUAAGCGUUUUCAAUCUUGAUGAUUAAAAACAAUCUGGCAGCACUGUUAAAUGUUAUGCGUACUUAAGUUAAAUUUAAAAAACUUAUCACUUAUAACCUGAAAUUAUACACUCGGUGGGAAAUGAAUACCUUUCUGCAUUUACUUGAAACACCUUCCCGAUAAAUCAUAAAUUUCAAUGAUCCGGCAACACUGUCUAAUGUUAUGUGCACUUAAGCAAAAAUUUAAAUACUGUUCAGUGUUGGAUGUUGGAAAAUUAAAUGAUAAUUCCUAUUGAUACAGUUUUCUCUUCAAUGCCAUAAAGGCCUUUGAAAACCUUUUCCGAUUAGUAAUCAAUUUUAAUGAUCUGGCAUCACUGUUUAAAGUUUUGCGUACCUAAGUGAAAUUUAUGGAACUUUUCAAGCUUGAAAUUUGUGAUUGUUGAUUAAAAUGAACACCUCUCUGAGAGUUUUGAAAGGAGAGGAGGGGUUCAACAAGUCAAAAAGUAGAUUAUUUGGCACCACUGAUAAAAGUAAUGGGCACUUAUGAUAAAUUUGAAGUAAAUUUCAAGACCGAAUGCUGUAAUUUUUUUUUAAAUGUCUAGUUUUCGUGGGAAUUUGAAAAACUUUCCUAUAAGUCAUAACGUUUGAUAAUUUGGCAACACUGCUUUAAGAUAUCGUUACCUAUGUGGACAUUACAGUACCAAAGCCAAAUGUUGAGAAUUUUGAUGAAAAAAACUUUCAGCAACAAUUUGUUUUGCUUGGUUGAAUAAUAAUUUAUUAAUAUCUGACAACAUUGUUUAACUUUUUCAAAGUUAAACUUAUGGAAAUUUUCAUGCCGAAAAUUGUAAAUGGGGUUAAAAAUAACCACCUUUCUAUGAAUAUUUUGAAACCCCCUUAAAAGUCAAAAAGUUGAUAAUUUGGCACCACUGUAAAACUUAUUUCUAUGUUAAGUAUUUUAUGUUAAGGAAAAAGGAAAUUUUCAUGACCGAAAAAUUUUAAUUUUUGGUGGAAAGGACCAGUUUUCUAUGGGACUUUGAAGAACUUUUCCUAUAUUUAUUAUAAUUAAUAUUUUUUGAUAAUUUGGCAACACGGUUUUGAGAUUUCAAGGGCAGAUGUUGUAAAUUUUGAUGAAUUUCACAAAUAAAACACAUUUUUUUCAAUUGUUGAAAAAGAAUUUUGUCAAACUUUUAAUGAAAUAAUAGGAUUCAAUGUUCUGGCAACACUGUUAGAAGUAAUGCGCUCAUAGAUUAAAUUCACAGUGUUGAAAUGCAUCAUUUUUUAUAAAUUUUGUUGAAAAAUACCACCAUUCGUAGCAAAUUGGAAAAAAAAACUUUUCAAUGAGUGAUAAAUAUUCAUGAUUUGGCAACACUGUUCUAUAAACCGUGGCUAAAGAAGACCAUUCACAACUUUUCAAUGCAAGAUUUGUAAAUUUUGCUAGAACAUUUUUCCGAAAUCAUGACGUUGGCUAUAUUUUCAAAAUAAUUUUCCAAUGAAUCAUAAAGAUUGAUAAUCUGGCAACUUUCUAAUGAGAAUUUGUUGUUUACAAGACCAAAAACUAAGGAUGUUGUUACUUUUUAGGUUCAACUCUGUAAUGAAAUUUUUUGCAUAUUUUUUGCAUGAAAAGCAAAGUAAAAUAUGAGAAUGUUGAAAUGAAAAUUGUUUUAAAAAAAUAUCAAAGACAUCUAAAAUGGCAGCGCCUCCAAAAAUAACCUAAACCAUGGUGCAAUUCACGGUGUACACUCACACAAAACAACACGCAAACUUUAAGCAGUAUAUCCCAUAAUGAUAAUCCAGUUAAGAAAAAAAAAACAAAAAUCAGUGUGAUGUUCAAAGAAACAAACCAAAUUAAACGAAAAGAAAAACAAGAAAACUAACCAACCGAUAAGCAAACUAAAAAAAACUAAGGAAGUACCCCCUAAAAACCAAUCAAUAGAGCAGCGAUCACAGAAAAGUACAAUCGAAAUUAACUGAGUAAACAAAAAUCACGCAGACUACAGCGUUGACAAGUGCGGCAACAAUGAAAUGCGCGAAUCAUCCCAUCACCAUCACCACUAGUAAACAAAACAAAACAAAAAAUCACUUUCCGGCAUCGUGUGUAGGCUUUGAAACAGACGUUAAAAAAACGUAAAACUUCGCUACUUAAUAGGAAAGAAAAAAACUCACAUUCUCACAAUAUGGUCAGCAUUAUCGUAAAACAAGUAUCUCAGAAAAAUAGGACAAAUAAUGUUUUUUGCUGAUAAUUUAUACUGAAAACUAAUCUACUAAGUACUUAUCAGAUGAAAAAAAAAUGAAGAAGAGUGCAGUGGAUGAAGGUUGAACCGUUUCGUUUUCGCUUUUCCAUGAUUCCCUUGAUUAGAAAAAGGCUGAGCAUUUUGAAUUUUUAGAAUUUUUACAACAGAAAAAAAAUCUGUCUCUACAUUGAAGCAAGAAAGGACGAAAUGAAAAUACACUUACACACUGAAACACAAAAUGAAAUGCAAAUUAUAGUAGAAAUUUUAUUACGGUUAUCCGCUUGAAGCUUACAUAGUAAAGAAAACGAAACAAUAAUGUAUUCACCGAAACACACACACUCACACACAGACAAAUUAACACACUCAAUUCAGGCUGAGCAGUAGUUGAAAGGAAUCUUCACACUAGCUAAUUAGAUCGGUCAAACGAAUGCUACAACAUCAUUCAAAUUAUCACGAGCGCGUAGAACUAGAGUAAAUCGCACGACAGAAUAAUUGUAGAGAAAAUCACAUGCAUUAAGAGUUUAAACCCGAAAUGGAAUCAUGUUUACAUGUAUGAUUGUGCAAAAACCUGCUAACCGUGUAACGUGGAAUUCGCUUACCAGCAAAAUUACGUGGAAAAGAAUGUAACCGAACGCGAUGUACCGUGUUUUGACGUGUUUAUUUUAAACAG